AUGAAAUCCGCACUCACCUUUUUUAGCUGGCUCUGCAAUGCGCUGUCGCGUGCUACGAAUGAAAUUGUUACUGACAGGUUCCAGAUUGUGGUUGAGAGACUCACCAAGAACAUAAAUGAGAACCACCUCAGAGAAUUGUUUGGGAGCUUCGGUGAGAUUAUUGAUAUGGAUAUGCCCAUGAACAGACAAUUCGGUACAAACCGUGGUACAGCUUAUCUUCUAUACGCGGUUGAAGCGGACGCCGACCAGGCCAUUGCCCAUAUGCAUGAGGCGCAAUUGGAUGGCGCUGUGAUAAGUGUGUCUAUUGUCAUUCCAAGGCGCAACACGAAUGGACCCUCGAGGGCCUCCGCCACCAAGGCGUCGAUCCCCAAACAGAAAUUACAACAGAGGUGCGCCGUCAGAUACCUAUCGACCACGGUCAUUGUCCAGGUCUCAUUCGCCAAGGGCGCGCAGGAGCCAUUCCAGAACCUACUCAUCCACGUCAAGAUCCCCGAGGAGGCGCGGUGGGAGGCGAGAUAA